AUGCGCCGUCGCCGGAGAGACCGUUCUCAAAUUAGAGGCGAUUGGGUAUGGGUAGGACACCGUUGGCAAGAAGAUCUCAAACUCAACCCUUCCUUUAGCCAGACAUUUGCUUCAAGCCUUCCACCAUCCUUCCUACGAAUUCUAUCUCUAAAGAUGCAACUCACCAAAGCCUUCGCCGUCACCGCCAGUGCACUUGUUGCAACUGCAGGAGUAAUCACCGCCCAGCGCCUCAACGCACGUACAGUCCAAACUGGCCUGCUAAUCCGGGACCUCAUGGACGAGCUCAUCGAAGCGCGCGAGUACAUCGACGAGUUGCUCGAAGCUCGCUCCAUCGAAGACCGGUUCGAAGAUAUCACCACCAGAGCUCACGACGCCCAGUGUCAGUCCGUUGCUCCUGCUGGGACGACCUGCAAUACCGGCAUGUGCGAUAGGAUGGGAUUCAGCUGUGGAUAUAAUGCAGGUACUGGGACGUGCAGUCCGACCUACACCCCCAGCGGUUGUGGAGAUUGCACGUGUGCGGUCCGCGCUGGACAAGGUGGUGCCAGGAGAUCACCCUCCCCCGGAAAGGCUGCCGCCAAGCGCAAGUAA